UAUGAAUGGAAUGAUUAUUGCAAGUAUUAGAAUUAUGCAAAAUAUCUUAUGAUUUUUUAAUAUAUCAAAAAUCAAACUUACAAAUGAUCUUUUAGUUAUAAAUUAUUAUUUAUUUAAGUUUUAUUUUCAAGGAUUCUACUGUUUUUGUACAUUGUACACAAACUUAUAAUUAUUUGUUCUAUGAUUAUAAAUAUUCACAAUUGGUUAUACAAGUUUACAGCAAUUUAGGAUUAAUUAAAAUGUUGAAGACAUUUAUUAAAUAUCACAAAUGAGAAUUUGAAGCGUAAAUAAAAAAAUAAAGAAAAAAAAAAAAACUGAAAAUUAAAAAAUCAUCAUAAAAAUGAGUUCUAUUAAAUAUCGUCAAUUUACAGGAACUUUUAUGAUAAUAAGAAGUAUGGCUACUGUAAAAAGAUUUUAUCGAAGAACUAACAUUUUAUCAAGUGGUGGAAAAUUUGAAAUAACUUUGGAUCAAAGAAAACUUAAAACGCCUAAAGGGAAAAUAUUUGAAGUAAAUAAUAAAGCUUUAGCUUUAGCAGUGGCAACAGAAUGGGAUGCACAGAAAGAUAUUGUCGAAAAAGAAAAUAUGCACUUGACAGCUUUAUGCAAUACUGUAUUGGAUAAUCCAAACAAUCAGACCAAAUUAGAUAUAGUGAAUUAUAUUACAAAUUGUUUAGAAAUAGAUACAAUUCUGUUUCAUUCCAGUGAGGUAGAUGAUCUAUAUAAGUUGCAAGUUGAGAAAUGGGAUCCUUUAGUGCAAUGGUUUUGCGAUCAUUAUAAAGUAAAUAUUGUUAAAACCCAAAGUAUAGAUACACCUACAGUGCCACUAGAAACGAAAACUAUUUUAACAAGACAUUUAUCGUCGUAUGAUUUUAAUGCUGUUCAUGGUUUUUUAUAUGCAGUUAAUGCACUGAAAUCGGUGAUUCUUACUUUGGCUGCUAUUGAAAGAGUAAUUAACGUUGAAGAAGCUGUGAAACUGUCCCGCUUAGAAGAGGAAUAUCAGAUUUCACACUGGGGAAACAUUGAAUGGUCUCAUGAUCUCAGUAAAUAUGAUUUACAAUCUCGUGUAGCAGCUGCAGUUCUAUUUGUACAUUUAAAUUCAUACUUUGUCACUUCGCUACCCAAAGGAAAUAAAAUUCUCAAUAGUUAAACUAUUCCUUCCUGUGGAAUAUCAAAUUAUUGAUUAUUUAAUUUAAUAUAUCAACAAGGUUGAUAAAUUACUAGAAAAACGUUUUUCCACUGCUACAGAACAAUCCGGACCUGUCCAAUCCUUUGUGCAUAUGCAACUAAAAAAUAGAUUAUGUAAUUCAUGGAAUGACGAAUACAUUCGUUACGGUGGCAUUCUCCUACGCCACGUCCAGUGGCUGGACUAGAACUGGUUACAGGGAAGACCGUAUCCUUCGUACGCAAUUCGAUAUCAAAUAUACAUCCAGAGAAACCAGUGUGUAAAGGUAGAUCAUGUGGUAGCAUUUCAAAAUUUUUUGAUUUGUGACCUCCUAUAAAAUACUUAGAAAAUGUCAAAUGGUACGAUCUAGGAAAGAAUUGAAAUAUGUAUAAAUUAAAAGAUCAGAUUUUACGAAGAAUAAGAUGCAAACCGAUGUAAAGUAUAGGAGACACGUCAAGUUGAGACAUAACGCCAGCUGCUUGCCCGGUAACAUUAUCUGUACCAUCAAUGGCAAGCCACGCAUCUCUCCCUUUUCUUCCAAUAUGUAAUGUAUGUGGAUUAUGACUUUUUAUUCCUGGUGCUGCUGCAGCCGAUACAGAAGCUAGGGGUGUUUUUGUGAAGAUUCUGCGUACGCCUAGAUAAAUAUCACUGCACAAAUGAAUGAUAAUUGCACUAAUAGGAGCAUAUGCUCCGGUGCCGUUGUUAAUUGUUAAUACCGAUUUACCUGAACCAAGAUCCCAGGUUAACAUAAUAUAACCACGUACAUACGUUAUAGAGAGAUGAUCUGAUAUUUCUUGACGCGAACCACUUUGUCCUAAAUAAGCUAUGAGAGAUAUUUGAUCUAAAGUAUGUGGAA